AUGGCUAAAGCGAAGAAAUCCACCAAGAAGUUUCAGAGCAAGAAUCUGAAGCACACUAUCGAGCAGCGGAAGAAGGUCCAGAACUACAACAAGCUUCACAAUAAGGGAAAGAAGAAAAAUGGUCCUGCUCCUGUUGAGGAUAAGAGAGACAAGGAGAUUUUUGAAGAUAUGGAUGUAGAGGAGUUUUUCGAUGCAGACACAGAGGUUCCAGCAAGCAAGAGCAAGAAAUCCAAGAAUGAAAGUGAGGACGAGGACAGCAGCAGCGAGAGUGACGCCGAAUUGCACGAACAGGAUCUCAAGGACUUGGAGAACGACGAUCCUGAGUUCUACAGCUAUUUGAAAGAGAACGACAAGGAGCUUUUGGACUUUAAGCCUGUGAAUCCUCUGGAAGCUAUGAGUGAUGACGAGGAGGAAGAGGAAGAGGACCAGGUUGAAGAUGCAGAGCCAGAGGCCGAGGAACCAGAAAAAGAGGGUCAGACAGUCCAGGUGACCAACGAGAUGGUCCAGCAUUGGGAUGCCGUUUUGAAAUCCAAAGAACCAACCAUCAAGACCUUGAAAACUUUGGUCAUUGCAUUCAAGGCUGCUGUUAACACCGGAUCGUCCGAGACUUACAAGUAUAGCGUGACAGACGAGAAAGUGUUUCACAAGUUAAUGUUCUUGGCAUUGCAACAGCUCCCGCUUAGUGUUCAAAAAUUGGUGCCGUACAAGAUUUCGUCCCAUGGCACCAGAAACCUUCCGUCCAACAAGAAGGUUGCGCAGAUCAGUACUAUUCUCAAAUCGCACGCCGGCUCCUUGAUUUUGUUGCUCAACGACAUUACCAACACGGAGACUGCCACUUUGGUGUUGAAGUCUGUCCAGGAGCUGCUUCCAUACUACGUUUCGCACAGAAAGCUAUUAAAGGAGAUGAUGAACGCCGUGGUGAACGUGUGGAGCUCUGCAGAGGACGUUGAGACCCAGAUCGCUGCGUUUGCGUUCCUCAACAACUCCAGCAGAGAGUAUCCUAAGGCCAUUUUGGAGCUGGUGCUUAAGACCAGUUACUCCAGUUUCAUCAAGAAAUGCAGACAAACUAAUAUCCACACGAUGCCGAUGAUCAACUUCCAGAAGAACUCUGCCGUUGAGCUGUUUGGAGUCGACCAGACUCUUGGGUUCCAGGUCGGGUUUGAGUAUAUUCGUCAACUGGCUAUUCAUCUGAGAAACAGUGUCAACAACGUCACCAAAGACAGUUACAAGGCCAUCUACAACUGGCAAUACUGCCACUCGCUGGACUUCUGGUCCAGAAUGAUCUCUGUGCAUUGCAACCCAGAGGUUGAGCUCACCAACAAAAAAGAGAGUGCUCUGCGUCAAUUAAUCUAUCCUCUGGUGCAAGUGACUUUGGGAGCCAUCAAACUGCUGCCAACUGCCCAGUUCUUCCCUCUGCGAUUCUACCUGAUCAGAUCGUUGAUCAGACUGACACAGAACACCGGGGUGUACAUCCCAUUGUUCCCGCUGCUGGGCGAGGUGCUGAACUCGUCUGCAUUGACAAAGGCUCCAAAACAGGUGCAUUUGCAGGCUCUGCAGUUUGACCUGGUGGUCAAGGCUGGAAAACAGUACCUGGGCACCCGUGUUUACCAGGAUGGGUUGAUCGAACAAGUUGUUGAGCUUGUGUCCGAGUUUUUUGUCCUUUACUGCAAAAACAUCGCGUUCCCAGAACUCAUCACUCCUGCAGUGAUUUUCCUGAAACGGUACAUCAAAAAGUCCAAGAACGUGAGACUGGUCAAGUCGCUGAGCGUUUUGCUCGAGAAACUGAACGCUAACGCCAAGUACAUUGAAAAGGCCCGUGCAAACGUCGAGUUCGGGCCAAACAACAGGGUCGAGGUGAACGUUUUCUUGCGCGAGGUGGAAUGGCAGCAGACUCCGUUGGGUGGCUAUGUUCAUGUGCAACGCGAGGUGAAAGAGGCCCGUGAAAAGGCUCUACGGGAAGCUGCCCAGAGCGAUGCCGAUAAUGUGUCCGACUCAGACGCGUCUGAGCAACUUGACGUGGCAUCCGCCGACGAAUCGGAGUGA